CAGGAGCCGCUGGGGAAUCGAUAAAGGGAGGUCGACUACGCUUUGCUUUUUGCUGCGGUUGGGGCAGAGCUGUGUGGCCAAGCCGCAGGCCCUGACUGCAUGGCGCAGGGUUCCACCGGGGGCCCGGGACGCCUAAGGAUGGGCCUCUCUUAGCAGCCUGCGGCAUUAGCGCGCCCGUCUUACGGUCACCGGCGGGCCGAGUGGAGCAGGCGGCGGUCGGCCUGGCAGCCGCGGAAACUCGUUUCCUUCUGCCCCCUGCAGGUGCGCGUCUGCAGCAGGCGCCCGGGGAGGCAGGACCCAGAGGAGGGAGGUGCCCGCCAUGUCGGGCCCCCGGCACCCCGCCUCGGCCUCCCGCCUGCUGCCAUCGCGGUACCGCGGUCCGCAGCCCCUGUGAGGAGGAAGAGGCGGCGGCAGAGGCGGAGGAGGCACCGCCCCCUUGGCGAGCUUUCGGAUCUGGCGGCCUCGGCAGGACCCAUGGCGGAUUCCUCGCCCGCGCUGUCCCUGCGGGAAGGUGCCCCCCGCGCGCCCCGGCCCUCGGCCCCGUCGCCACCGACGCGCUCGCGCUCCGGCUCGGAGUCCGAGGAGGCUGAGCUGUCCCUGAGCCUGGCCCGCACCAAGACCCGCUCCUACGGCAGCACGGCCAGCGUGCGGGCGCCGCUGAGCGCCGGCGUCAUCGAGCGCCAUGUGGAGCACCGGGUCCGCGCCGGCGACACGCUGCAGGGCAUCGCGCUCAAGUACGGAGUCACGAUGGAGCAAAUAAAAAGGGCAAAUAAACUGUUUACCAAUGACUGUAUAUUUCUGAAGAAAACUUUGAACAUCCCAAUUAUAUCAGAGAAGCCUUUGUUGUUUAAUGGACUUAACUCAAUCGAUUCUCCAGAAAAGGAAACUGUCGAUAGCAGUCUUUCUCUUGAAGAACAGCCAGUGGUGGCUGGGGAGGACCUGCCUCCUCCCAGUCCUCAGGAAUCCUGCGUUCAGCCUAUACAGCCCGAGGAGGUGUCAGCCAGAGAUUUCCUGCAGAGACUAGACUUGCAGAUAAAGUUAUCAACACAGGCAGCCAAGAAACUAAAAGAAGAGAGCAGAGAUGAAGAAAGUCCCUAUGCAACUUCCCUCUAUCACAGUUAGAUGAUUAAGAGGCAUAACUCUAACUUGGAUCUAGAAAUGGUUGGAUCAUAAAAAAAAAAACCAACAACUGAAGAUUCAAAAGGAUGUCUUUUGGAUUCCCAGACCAUAUAUCUUAAAAUCACAAUUAGGUAGUUCCACC